AGAUCAGCCAAGUCGUCUGGACCUGAUCAACUUAACCUUAACCUCUGGAUCUGAUCAACUUAAGCUACUGAUUUCAACUACUUCCGGCCUAACUACGAAACAAUGAAUUACACAGGCUAUAUCUUAGCUUUUCAGCUUUGCGUGAUUUUGUGUUCUUCUGGUUACUACUGUCAGGCCAUGUUUUUUAAAGAAAUAGAGAACCUAAAGGAAUAUUUUAAUGCAAGUAAUCCAGAUGUAGCAGACGGUGGGCCUCUUUUCUUAGACAUUUUGAAGAACUGGAGAGAGGAGAGUGACAAAACAAUCAUUCAAAGCCAAAUCGUCUCCUUCUACUUGAAACUGUUUGAAAACUUUAGAGAUAAUCAGAUCAUUCAAAGGAGCAUGGAUACCAUCAAGGAAGACAUGCUUGUCAAGUUCUUCAAUAGCAGCAACAGUAAGAGGGAUGACUUCCUCAAGCUGAUUCGAAUUCCCGUGAAUGAUCUGCAGGUCCAGCGCAAAGCGAUAAAUGAACUCAUCAAAGUGAUGAGUGAUCUCUCACCAAGAUCUAACCUAAGGAAGCGGAAAAGGAGUCAGAAUCUGUUUCGAGGCCGCAGAGCAUCGAAAUAAUGGUCAUUCUGCCUGCAAUAUUUGAAUUUUUAAAACUAAAUCUAUUUAUUAAUAUUUAAUAUUUUACAUUAUUUAUAUGAAGAAUAUAUUUUUAGACUCAUCAAUCAAAGUAUUUAUAAUAGCAAUUUUUAUGUAAUGAAAAUGACUAUUAAUAUAUGUCUUAUUUAUAAUUCCUGUAUCCUGUGACUAUUUCACUCAACCCCUUCCCUUUUUUAUUCUGACCAGCUAGGCAAGACUGUGAUUUCAAGGCUUAAUCUCAGGGACCAAGUAGGCAGCCGACUUAAGUAAGACCCUGUGGGGUGUGCAUUUAUUUCACUUGAUACCAUGAGCACUUUUAAAGGAAAUGAUGCCAUCCAGUCCCUGCCUAUUUGGGAACAUGUCUGCAUUAUGGGCCACUGCUCUAA